AUGAAGGGGACUUAUGUCUCAUCGAUAAGCAUACACAAAGAAGUUAAGAAGCCGGAGUAUGCUCUUGUAGGAAUUAGAAUUUUGUCAGUAAUUACUACCAUAACAUAUGUAAUACUUUUUAACUUCUUAACAAGGAAUUUUUUGACAUUGAGUGAAGAAGAAAAAGCUCAGUAUGAUAUAAAAGAUGGGGCAGAAAAUAUCCUGAAGGAUGAUAAAAUAUUUGUGAAUUAUUAUAAACCAUUUAGUAUAAUAAAUGUUAUAUGUGGAUGUUUUUUAAUUUUUCUGAACUUAAUGAAAAUACUUUCAAAUUUUCGGAUAACAUGUUUAUGCAUAAAAUUAGUUAGUUACAAGAAAUACAUAAGACUUAUAAGUUUACAUUUAGACAUAUUAUUUAUAUCCCUAAUUUUUAUUCAAAAUUUGGAAAAUCGAUUAUUUUUUUGUAAUAUAGAGAAUUAUAUAUACUGGUUUCGUAAUUAUAAUAAAAACGAUUUGUUUAUAAAUUCAGGAAAUAACUUAUGUCAUAUGCAUAAUUAUGCAUUUAUAUUUCUAUCGAUUUUUAUGAUUAUGUUAAUAAUUGAAUUUAUGGCCAUGUACCUUAAUACAGAUAGAGCUUUUCGAAAAAAAUUUUGUUUAUUUUAUAUAAAAUUAUUUACAGCAUAUAUGUACUUGGCACUCUUUUAUAUAUUUUUAAAAACAAGACGUUUUUUUAAGGAAACCUUAUCAGAAUACAAUGUUUAUGAUUUAAAUAAAUAUAGUGAUACUGUUAAAAUAAUUAUUUAUUCAACUCAAAAGCAGAAGAAUUAUUAUUUACAGCUACUUAUUGUGAGUACCAUUGUUUCUGCAAUUUUAUUUUCCCUUUUGUGUUAUUAUGAUAUGUAUGGAAUUCUAAGAACAUGUAAAUUUUAUCUUUUGGUUAGCAUCUUAACAAAUGCAUGUACAUUAAUUUUUAUAGUUAGUCAAGUAUUAUAUUCGAGUUAUCUACUUGAAGGAAAUCUUUUCUUUUGUUCAUAUGAAGAGUAUUUACAAAUGGGCCAAAAUCACCAUGACAAAGCACCUGAUUCUGAUGAUCCAAUUGCACCUUCCAAUACGCAUGAAACUAAAUGGUUCUGUAACAUGCAUGAAAUUCUCUACAUAUAUUUAUCAAAUAAUUUUAUCUGUCUUUUAGCAUUUGUUGCUGAUUUUAUACUUUCAGCAUAUAUGACAUUUUCUUCCAAAUAUGCCUCAAAAACGACCUAG